CGUUUUAAAGCCGACGAGCUUGGUUCUGAUGGAGGUGACAACAAAGCUGCUGGAUCUUACCCCACUCCAGGAAGUCGGUGACGUGCUUCUCCCUCCUGAGUGAACAGUUGGAGCACUCGCUGUGCACGCAGAUGAGAAGGUCCAGCAGGGUCUCCACGCUCAAACAUUCCGACAUCUUCCGCUCCAGCAGCAUCUCCUCGAGCCGCUUCAGGCGGACUUGGGCGGACAUUCUCACGCCUUUUAGCCUCCUUUUUAGGCUCCGUUCGCUGCUAAGCUCCGCUAACCGCCUUCUCCCUAGCUUCGCGAAAACAUUCCCGACAGUGCGGCGUCUUCGUGGCUCACCAACGGUACCGUCAGUCCGUCGUGUGUCGACCUGUUCAACUGACGGGCCCGCACCGGUGUGUGCUUUAAUCCCACCACAAAUCUGGACUUUUCCUUGCCGCGAUGUCGCCUCACGUUAGCCGCCGCUGCUGCAUGUUGGCCAGCGGCCUAAAAGCUCGGGACCCCGCCCGGCUCCAACGGGACCGAGUCACUGAAGUCGACAGCGCCCUAGGACACCGCGGGAGAGCGUGCUGGUCGGUUUAGGUCAGUUUUUUUCGGUGCUUUCCAGGCGGGCCACCGGUGUGGUUGAUCAACGGGAAUAUGGCUGAAUCCAGGACGACUUGGCUCCUCCAGGACAAAAUGACGAUACUUCAAACCACUUCCGAUAAGAAGCAAAGGCUCCCGGAAGUUGGCCCCUGUGAUAAACGAAUAUUGAUGAAUCAAACUGGAAGCACCGCCUUCUCUGCCGGAAAUGCUAUAGUUACGUGACGUCACAUCAUGGGCCCACAGGAGCCAGGAGGGGACGAGAACAGACGCGAGUGUCGUCACGGCGCUGACGUUAUCGGAGCGCUCAGCUGACAACAAACGGCUUUUGACAAUAGAUAAACAGCAAAUGGUCACAAUUCACAAAGACAGAAAACCAACAUUUUCUUGUGAACCUCUUCAUUUCAUUUCUGGUUGUCCUGGAUGUGAGAAUAACAACAACAUCAGAGAACUUGAAAGGGGUAGAAUGAAAGAUAAAAGGAGAUCAAACAUAGAUAAUGGCCCAGUUCCAUUUCGAUAGUUACAGGACAUAAUGCAAAUCAGCCAGCAUUUUUCGGGCCCCGAUGAAACAUUUAAUUGAGAACCUGUCUCAGUAAACUAUGAUAUAAAACUGUAAGUGGGACUUGUUAUUGCCUGCCAUCUAGUGGCCACUCAGCAGAACUACAUGUGUCAUCAUGGCGGACGAGAAAGUAAACACAAAAAAGAAGAGCAGCACAGACAAACAAAAACGUUUCUCAGAAACACUUCGCGCACGAACAGAUUGGGAAUAUCAAUUAUUGAUCCAAACCACACAAUCUGAGUUUUUCCUAACUUCUUGAAAAAACAACACACACAAAACACUUCUAACUUUCUGUAAGAACAAGCAAACUCUUAACUUCCUGGACUAAUUCUUUAGGCAGCAUGGGGGGCGUGGCCAUGCUGCAGCAGGUGGAGCCUGGAGAUUUGGUAGCUUCUUAUGAGGCUGAUUAGCAUUAAGAAGAUUUGGAGCACAUGACGGCUGCUGAACUUCUACUCAGAUUUAGUAUUUGCUCCUUAGUCCCGUCGUGAAGACCGGUGUUCUGCUGCUGGACGUUGCCAUGGUAACCCCUACCUUCGUUCUAGGGACCUUUCAACUGACGUUCUCUACAGGAACAGAUCUUCCAGCUGAACAACCAUGAAAAUAAAUGUGAGCUAAAGACAAUAUUGGCAGGAAAGUUGGACACGACACCUUUAGAGGCCACAUCCUGCUUGCGUGACGAAACAUCACCUUGAAACACUUGCUAAGCUUCUUAGGAGAGGAGCAAACACCACUCCUUUGCUACAGAUGGAUAUAUGACGUUCUUGUACCAUGUAUGACCUCGCUCAUGUAUGACCUCGCUCACGUAUGACCUUGCUCACAUAUGACCUCGCUCGCGUAUGACCUCGCUCAGGUAUGACCUAGCUUACGUAUGACGCUCAAGUACAACGCAUGACGCUCAAAUUUGAUGCUUAAGUAUAACACAUCAGUAUGAAGCAUAAAUAUAACACAUAAGUAUAACGUAUGAUGCUUAAGUAUGAUGUAUGACGCUCAAGUAUAAUGUAUGACGCUCAUUUACAACUUAUGCUUAAAUAUUAUGCCUAUGUAUGUCGCUUAAGUAUGAUGCUCAAGUAUAAUGUAUGAUGUUUAAGUGUAAUGUAUGAUGCUCAAGUAUGGCGCUUAAGUAUGACACUGAAGAUAGAUGGAUAGAUAGUACUUUAUUGAUAAGUAUAACGUAUGACACUUAAGUAUAAUGUAUGGCGCUCAAGUACAACGUAUGAUGCUCAAGCAUAAUGUAAGACACUCAAGUGUAACGCAUGACGCUCAAGUAUAUUUUACGAUGCUUAAGUAUGACGCUUAAGUGUAAUGUAUGACGCUCAAGUAUGGUGCUUAAGUAUGACGCUUAAGUAUAACGUAUGACACUUAAGUAUAACGUAUGACACUUAAGUAUAAUGUACUAUGACGCUCAAGUAUACUGUAUGACACUUAAGCAUAACAGUAUGACGCUCAAGUAUAGUGCAUGACGCUUUAAGGGGCUGUUUGCAACUUGCUCACAGUUACAUUUUUCAAAGUAAAAAAUACAACAAGAACAACAUUGGCUAACUUGUGUCACCAUUAGUGGUUCACCAGCACGUUUGUUUUACAAAUGUCUAUAGUUUUCUCAAUUACUAAGUAUAUGUGAUAAAAAAAAAAGAGAAAAUAUCUUGUAUUUACGGCAGUCACUCACCAUGUCUCGUCAAGAAGCAUGCGCAGAAAGCGCGUGCACAAAUACUUAAAGAGAAGCAACUAAUAAUUUGAAGUUAUGUUGUUAUGAUAGAAUAUACAUUCAAUGACAGCUAACGCUAGCUACCCAAAUUGCAUUUAUUAGCUAACAUCAGCCAAAGCAGAUGCGCGUGCAUGUUACGUACGUAUGGAAUUAUGUCAUUACAUACGAGAAGUGUGUAAAAUACAUUGGAAAGUUAGCGCCUCAAGGCAUCUGUGUAAAUGUUGCAAACAGCCCCUUUUAAGUAUAACAUAUGAUGCUCAAGUAUGACACUUAGUGUCACGCUCAAAUAUAACGUAAUGACGCUCAAGUUUAGUGUAUGACGCUCAAGUAUAACAUAUGAUGCUCUCAAGUAUAACAUAUGACGCUCACGUAUGACACUCAAGUUUAACAUAUGAUGCUUAAAUAUACCAUAUGAUGCUCACGUAUGAAGCUCACAGAUGGAGGUUACUCACUGUGGUAGUUCUAUGUUGAAAGUUGAAUCAAUUAUGAUCAGCUGGGUGGAACUAACAAUACUAAGGUGGAAUUUGAUUGGAGCAGACAGUCUGCCAAAAACCACCCCACCUUGCCCAUUGUGUCCUCGACUUACAAACUGAUGAUGCUGUUGCUGAGUUGCAAGGUUCCCUGUCAGAGAACCAAGAUGGCUGCCAGAACAGCGUGUGGCUGCUGGGCCCGCUGGUGACCGUGCACAUGUGAUCCAAACAUCAUGGCGGUCUGCAAAGUGACCUUCAGCAAGGCAGAGAGAGAGAAGCUCGCUGAGAUCCUCUGCUUGCUGAACUGGGUCUCGGUUGUGACCGGCGCUGCCCUCUUUUGGGUGGGCUUGUUCCUGAAAUUGGAGCUCCAAAAAUGGCAGGAUGUGAUGUCGGACCAAGGCGUCUUCCAUGUACCACACAUUUUGAUCGCCACGGGCCUGGCAGCCUGCGGCAUCAACUUCCUGGGCGGCAAGAUCUGUCUGGACUGUGCUGACAGCAACAAGUUCUUGCGCUGGAAGCUGGUCAUGAUGCCCUAUGUGGCCUGCACCUUCUUCUUCACAUUCUGCGUCCUGGUGGGGGCGCUAAUGUGCUACAGUGUCGGCGACCAGCUGCAGGAGUCUCUCUUCCUGGGACUGCGGCACGCCAUGCGCCACUACAAGGAUACUGACACACCUGGUCGCUGCUACCUGAAGAACACCCUGGACUUGCUGCAGAUCCAGUUCCAGUGCUGCGGAAACUCAGGAUACCGGGACUGGUUUCAGGUCCAGUGGAUCAGUAACCGCUACCUGAAUAUGAGCAGCAACAGCGUAAGAGAACGUCUAAGGAGCAACGUGGAAGGGAAGUACUUAAUGGACGGCGUUCCGUUCAGCUGUUGCAGUACUUUCUCUCCUCGCCCGUGCAUCCAACAGCAGGUCAGCAACAGCUCUGCCCACUUCAACUACGGCCCACAGAGUCAACAGCAGAACCUGUGGGGAGGGGGCUGCCGGCAAGCCUUGCUGGACCACUACACCGGCAUCAUGCAGUCCAUAGGCGUCGGCGUGCUGCUCAUCUGGUUAUUUGAGCUGUUGGUUCUGACGGGGGUCCGUUUCCUGCAGACGGCCAUGGAGAAUGUUCUCCUUCAGGAGGAUCCAAACUCGGAGGUGGCUGGCUGGAUUCUGGAGAAUAGCCUGGCAGAAACAGCCAGAUCCAAUGUAAAGAUCAUCAAAAGCUUGGGGAAGUGUUACCAGGUGGACGACGACCCCAACCUGAAUGUCUCUACGGGGUCGCCGUCGGCCUUUCAGGUCCAGAUGCCAGGUGGACAGGCAUGAAGUGGACCCCGGAGAGAACUACAACUGACCUCUGACCUCCCAUGAAGCAGCCAACAGGUUCAAACGGUCGAAUGGAUCAACGAGUCAAACACAAGUGACCUUGUAACCACUUUGACAAUGAUAUCGCUCACCUGCUCGUCGGUCAAUUAUUUUCAUCCAUUUAUCUUAGCCUAGUUAAAGCCAGCCUUUUUUGUUGAAAAAACAUUUUAAAUGUAACGUAUGUCAUUUCCCUGCAAAUAAAAAUGCUGAUUGUG